CAGUGAAGCCGCGGCUUAGUAUUACUACAACCAGUCACGCUUUCCACACAACGCUCAGCCGUACAGAGACAGGAAGCGCAGCGGUAACCUGCACAUGCGCAUGAAGUCCAGUGGCACACUUUAUGGCAGUACAGUCAGGAAUGUAAUGAAAGCUUUCUUCCGAGUCCUCUUCGAAGCAGACUCUACCUACCGAGACAGGUUCCGGAGAGGAGGCCUGCCAUAUAAAAAUGAGUCACUUGGAAGAGGAGAAAUGUGAUCUACUAUUGAAAAACGUGCCAAAGAGACCAUGUCAUUGGUUGACUUUGUUGAAGAUCCCAAGCGGGAGGAAUCGCUUAUUGGCCUGCAGUAUGUAGUGGAUGUUAAAAUGUUGGAAUCAGAUAAAAGCGUUGUAAAGUGUAACUUGUGCGGUGUUAAGGGGGAAAUGGCAACAAUGAAGGAACACCUUGUUGGUGUAAAUCACAUUAAAGUCUAUAUGGAAAAACAUUACUUUUCAGUGCUUCAAAGUUUAAAAAAAUCUGCUCCUCACAAGAACCACCUUGCCAAGCUACUUAAAAGUUAUGCGAAAGAGAUAGAACGUGCAGAAGGAACUCAGAGUAUUACAAUGGAAUAUGUCUCGGCAGCAGAUAUGAAAAAAGAACAAGAAUACUGGAUGGCUGGAAAAUCAGAAAAAUCAGAGUUUCAUGCUGACCAGAAAAAAUCUCACGUUUUAGAUAAAAGACAAAUUGCUUUAAAUUAUUCGGAAAAGUUCAAGAUCUCAUCCCGGGAAGAAGCAACUAUAGUUCUGAACUUAACACAGCAGCUGAGUGACCAACUGGAGCAAUAUUUUUUGAAAUACAAAGGACUAAAUGUUCUGGAAUCCACAAUGCCAAGCAGAAUGUCCACAAAAUCUAUGCCAGCACCUGCAAAUUUAUCUACAAAUGUCCAUGAAAAUCUACAUCCUACAAGUGCUGCAAACCAAGGUUUGAAGAGCUUCUGGCGCACAGAAGAGCCAUCAUCAUCUUCUGUGUAUCCACCAGCAAACGUUCAUUCCUUUGAUAGAGUGCCUGCAAAACUGGAAGAUACCCAGGGGCUGAAACGCAAACUCGUUGCGUCUGAAGAUGAUUGUGGUGUACUUGCAGAAAGCAGAGGUGACUCUGAAUUUCAAAGCAGAAAAAAGAGACAGGACAAGCAGCUUGAUCAUUUUCCCACCAUGCAUUCAUCAUCUUCUUUGUCCUACAUGAAUGACCUGAAAUCCCCACAGCGUAGCUCAGCUGAAGUGUCGUCUUCACAUUCCUCUUCCAUUGCAGCCACUUACACACAUAUUAGCACUUCCAAAGUAAAACCAUGUGUUCCUGAGACAUAUGGUGGAGGGCUACAUAUGGUAAAGGAUACACAGAAUAGUUUCCCUCAAAAUAGUUUCAAUGACAACAUUUCACAAAUUGAGGCAGUUCAAGAAAUGGACCAACUGAAUGACACUGACAAAGCAAAGACAUCUGAUUUACGUACAGAGAAAAAUACAGCUUUUCCUGAACCAUCAGCUUCCACUAGCAGCAACUCUUAUAAACCUAGUCCGGAGAAGCCUUCCUCAAGUCAUACACAAGGAAAAACAUCCAAAACUCUGAGUCCUGAUAUACUUCAGCUACUCAAAGGAAAAGAUGCAAAUACUGUGACAAAUAUCCUUCGCACCCUUUCUCCCUUUUAUCCAGCUCUUCAGGAUGUAAACCUUGAGAUUCUUGCCCAGGUUAAUAUUGGCGCAAUGAGUGGUGAUCGAGAAGACUCGUCUAAGAAAAGGUCCUACUAUUAUUGUAAGGUUUGCCAAGUUGCAUGCCUAAAUGACGAUGGUCUCCGUUCUCACUACAGAGAUGAACAGCAUGAAAAGAUGGAAGAUGCUUACUAUGGCAAGAGGUAUGGAAAACAUUUCUAUGGCUCCUUGCAAGAUUAUAUUUCAUGCCCAAUGCGAAAAGAGCCACUUAUUGGUUUACAAUACAUAGUUCAACUGUAUCCUGAAAUUGAUUGUGAGGAUGCUUUCAAGUGCAAUCUCUGCAAAGUAAUAGGACCCCUAUAUUUUAUUAUGAAACAUAUAGAAAGCUUUAAACACAGAAGAAAUUAUUUGAGCAUUUCAUACAAACACCUGUUUCCUUUAUAUAAAAAGCAUCAUUCAUUUUAUGAAAAAAAUUCGUCUGUGAAGAAACAUGCUCUUAAAGUAGAACAGCAAGAGAGAACACUCACUGUAAAUGAUUCAAAAAGCUGCUCCUCUCGAAUCGGUGUUAAAAGUGAUUUUUUGAAAUAUAAUAUUAGAAGGCAAGAAAAGUUGGCUGAAUAUGCAGAGAAGCGCUCUGCAUAUGAAACACAGAAAAAAAACAUCUUACAAUACAUGGAAACACUUGUCAUUACAACUCCGGAAGAGGCGGAACUUGUGCAAAAUCUGACCCAGGAAUUGGAAGCAGCAGUGAAUGUGUUUAAUAUAAACACUAAGCCAAGAUAUAUAUGCGAUGGUAGACGUGAAUGUGAGCAAAGUACUGAAGACACUGAAGGAAAAUAUUCAAGACAUACGGAUUUUCAUUACAAUAAAAGAAGGUCUAUAUGGUAUGAAAAGGAUCGUAAACCAUCUAGUUCAUCUUUAUGCGGUGAUGAAGUGCAGUCAGUAUCAGAUAAACACUCUCUUACAGAGAAAGGUAGAACAAGGAAGCGAUCAAGGAGUUCCUCCAAAGAUAUGAUGCUCAAAGUUACUUUUUCCACAGGUUCUGAAAAGGGAGUAAAGAAUGAAAAUGCACAGCAAGAACAACCCAGUAUUUGCCCAGACAAAGAACAAUUUGUAGUGCUCAGUGACCAUUUUAGAGAGAGCAGAGAAGCAAUAUUUCACAAUCCGGAUGCCAAUAGUGACCUUUUUCAAGAGAUUCAAGCGAAACGUAUUAGGAAGCAUAGCACAGAUGUUGCAAAAUGGAAUUCUCUUUUUACAAGUAGUCGUCCUGAAGUUAGUCAUUCUGUGUUUUCAUGUCGUCCAAAAUCGCCAUUAUUAAAUAAUACAGAAGUACCACCGUCAGAAGAAAAAAAAGGGAAUCCUAGGAGAGCUUCUUUAGAGGCAUUGUCUUCAUUUACCUUGUUCUCUCAAGAGGCGCAUGAACCUGGUCCUUCUAGCAGUCAGCCAAGUUCAGACACUUUUAAAUUAUUUUCAUCAUUCCAAGGUUCAGUCUUCCAAUCUCACAAAAGCAAUGUGUUUAAAGACAAAGCUAUAAAACGUGAAACCAAGAUUGAAUGGGACAUACAUCAAGAAUUUCCUUGUUCUUCAAAUACAUUUUUUACUGAAGCUAGGUCUGGAGACAAUGUAAUGAUGAACAUUAAACAAGAGCCAUAUGAUGAGUGCACACUGAACACUGAAGCCAGUUGUGAUCAGUUAUCGGAUGUCAAUGCCAAUGCAGCUCAAGCACCCAAAUCCAGUCAUGUUCUUGAUACAAGCUCUAAAAAUUCUGAUUUAAAAGCCUGUGGAAGUAUGCACUCGGACACCAAAACUGAUAAUCAAGAGCCCGAUUCUAGUACUGUGAGUAAUAAUACAUCAAGCAAGUUGCAUGCAUCUAGGAGGCAACUUAGCCCAGAAGUUCUUCAGCUUUUCAAAGGAAAAGAUACUAACAGUAUUGUUCAUAUCCUAAAGACACUGUCCCCAUUUUACCCAGCUCUACAAGAGCUAGAUCUUGAAGAGUUUGCAGAAGUGCUGAGCAAGACUGGAGCUGUAUCUGAGUGAAAAAAAAACUUGGGUAGCUCACUGAUCCAAGACUAAGCAAAUGUUUAGCAAGAGGACUUUAUUUAGUAAACGUGUUCUUCAACAUGCAAGUUCUUACUACCUUUGUACUGAAUGAUAACCAUACCUUUCAUUUGGCAUUGUGAAGCCAAAUAAACAUUUUCAUUUUAAAUCAUAGUUUUACAGUAAAACCCUGACGCUGAUUAAACUUGCCUGCUCCCGAUCUGUGCUUCCAUUUGUCUGUUAUGUUUUUCAUUUAAACGGUAGGCUUGGUGCACGGGCGCAGCUUUAGAGACGCUGACGUCAACACUGUUACUUCCCCAGGCUUACUUUCAGCAGGACCCAGCGGAGAAGCAGCAACAGUGGUGUCUGCUUGAUCCUGCCGUGCACCAAGCCUGCCGCCAGGUUAAAGAAAACCGACGAAUGGGACCAUGCAUCGGGGAUAGCAAAGUAUCAUAAUAAUCAUUGUCACUUGCACUACAUGCCUGCACCAAUAGAUUAGUGCGGGUGACACUGAUGACUGUUUCCCUUUAUAGCUAUAGCGGUACCUAUUGCGAUUCUGAGAAGUCAUACUGUGAUUUUCAAAAACAUUGAAAUUGAUAAAUCUCUACUUCUUCCCUGAACCCUUAUAUAUUAGGAUCAGAUCACUGAGAAAGGGUAGAACCCCUAAUGUAGCUAUAUGUUGCUUUGACUUUAAUUUGAUCCAGAUUACUGUGUUUGCUUAUAUUUUAUCAUACUGAAUUGAAUAUCUCAGUAUUGAAAAAUGCUCUGUGUGUGUUUUUUUUAUUUUGUUUUUUUUAGGUUUUCCUAAUUCAUUGUAUCCUACGUUAUGGUACAGUAUAUUGAUACAUUUAAUUUACACUUAGCAUAUAUUCUGUAGCUAUAGACCAUUUCUAGAAUGUGUCUGCAAUGGCUAAAAAGAAAAAGAAAUUAAAAAACUGGACACUUAUUCAACGUUUUUUUAAGGUGGCAAAAGCAUAACGGCAUCAUAUUUAAGGUAAGUUGCAAAUUCAAACAGUAGGCUAUAAUAUAUGUACAGCCUAUCAAACAUCUUAAGGGGGAUGCCAUCAGUGUAUUUCUUGUGACAUCAGGAGAGGGAGAAGUGCACACUACGUUUCAUAUGCAAGAUCUGAAUUGGGAUGCAGUUCCUUCAGAGAGGAACUCUUUUGUUGAUGAUCCUUUUAAAUUUCAUGCUCUUGUUCUAAAGUUGUAAAGUAAUAAUUUCUUAUUGUAAAAUAAAUAUUUGGAUUCUACUGUGGUGGUU